GGAGGGCGCGUGCGUGAGAGGGAUCCGUUCCCUUCCCCUCGCUCCAAAGGGGCCCGCCUGGGUGGCGCGGGGGGGGGCAGAAGGAGGUUUCCCCAUUCUGUGUUGGCUUGUGGGGUUGCCCCCCUGCACGAGAUCUUCCCUCCCCCACACACCAUCCUGGGGAGUUUCUCUCGCCUUCCCGCAACCUCUGGCACACAAGAAGUGUUGGCAACUGAGUUUUCUGUUUAGUGAAGGUGGAACUGCUUUUCUCCUCCUGUCCUGGAAGAGGCACUUCCCUACCUCUUGGCAUUGGUCGUUUUGGGACACAACCGCUCCCUCAAGAAUGGAAUGAUGCUACUCUGGGAGUAGCUGCUGAUGGAAUGAUGCUGCUCUGGGACCCUUGUAUUCCUUUUGGACAACAAACACUUGCCCUUGCUUAAUUACACACUUUCCCCCUAUAUUUUUGAGUUUGAGUAUAUUAUCAGAGGUAGGCUGUGGAUCUUUGUCUUAGUGGCAUCAUUGACCAAAGGAAAUGGAGGAAAAGGAGCGAUGUGAUAAAUUCCAUUUGACAUUCUGAUGUUAAGGCCAUGUAAAUUCUAAACAUAAUUUUCAAGGGGAGAACAAGAGAAAGAGUGGAAUAUACAAAGGGCAGCUUCUUGCAAGCUGAAGGAGGGUGGAAGGGGGGAAAUGAUUCAGAUCUUUAAGUUACUUUUGCAGCCAUCCAGUAAAGACAAUCAUUAAAGCCGCAGCAGGUUUGACACUUAUGUGAGCUGUCUGUAAAAGGGGCUAGUUCUUUAAUUUUUGUGUGCGGAGAAAGACUUCACAAACCAUUGUUUCCCACCUUCGCAUCCUACACUACGAAAAAAUGAGUUGUGUGCCAUGGAAAGGUGACAAAACCAAAUCAGAAUCAUCAGAAUCACCACAGCUGAUGCCUGUGCGUAUUUAUCAUGAAAAACAACGCAGGGAGCUGUGUGCCCUCCAUGCCCUAAAUAAUGUCUUCCAGGAUGGCAAUGCCUUCACACGAGAUACGCUACAGGAGAUUUUCCAGAGGUUGUCUCCCAAUACCAUGGUGACACCACACAAGAAGAGCAUGCUGGGAAAUGGGAACUAUGACGUGAAUGUCAUCAUGGCAGCUCUUCAGACCAAAGGCUAUGAAGCAGUUUGGUGGGAUAAGCGCAGGGAUGUUAAUGUAAUUGCCCUUUCUAAUGUGAUGGGCUUCAUUAUGAAUCUGCCCUCAAGUCUCUGCUGGGGUCCCUUGAAACUUCCCCUUAAACGCCAGCAUUGGAUCUGUGUCCGGGACGUGGGCGGUACCUACUACAACCUUGACUCCAAACUCAAGGUGCCUGAAUGGAUUGGAGGUGAAAGUGAGCUCAGGAAGUUUUUGAGACACCAGCUGCGAGGAAAGAAUUGUGAACUUCUGUUGGUGGUGCCUGAAGAGGUGGAAGCACAUCAGAGUUGGAGAGCUGAUGCAUGACCUGCAAGCAUCCUGUUCUCGCACUACAGUACUGGUCCCUCUCCCCCACCAACAUCUAAUGUUCUGUGAUGUGGAAAUGUGGAUGUGCUUGGACUCCUCUUCCUCUCAAACAUUGGAGUUCUGUGGUGGUGUGAGCUUCCAUUCUGGGGGCGCAAUAAGGCACCACAAGGUAUCGUCAGGGCCAACAUGAAGAACAGAAGUUGGAUGCUUCAUGGGGGAAGAGGAGGAGACGGAAGGAAGAGAGCCAUGUCUAUGCUUCUAAUUAUACUGCAUAGUGUGCUUUAGGAUUGGGGUGUUGGACUCCUCCCCUUAAAUUUACUGCUUUCCCUUUCUUUCCCUUGGUCUUAAGAGACUAUAUAGUGGGUUGCACACUACUGACUCCAGAAGUUCCCAAAGUUCAUUUGGGUGGAUGGUGUGUCUUUCCUUCAGGGGAGGGCUGGGGCCAAGCAUGUUCCCUCCAUAUCAUGUCUCCUAACAAAACAUUUUGAAGAAAUUUGCAAACGAUAUGGGUCUCAGGAAACUCUAGAUACUCUUAGCAAUGGUAUGGUGCUUGUGGAUUCCCCUUUUGUAAAAGUAAUUGUGCCAAGGUUAGCAGAUAUGUAGACCAAAUGGGACCAUCAUGGGAACUCCCUAUAGACGUUUUAGGGUUUUCCUAUCUCAUACUCCUAUUAUAAACACACACUUUGAUAAGAUCACAAAAGACUGAGUAGCUUGGGGAAGAGGUAAAUGGCCAAUGCUUAUUUCAAAGUUUCAAGUAUUUUUGUGGGGUGAUCUGGUUACAGCCUGCAUAUAUUUUUCCUGUCUUGUUUGUUCUGUAAUGCAGAUAUUCACUGAGCAGGUAAGAAAGCAGCAGCCUUUGGAUGGAAUCAUGAAAUAAAAGGGAAGACUAGUCAAGUUUUAGCAAGGUACUAAGCCUUAGGAAGCUGAUUGAAGGGCAAAUGUUAAUUUCCAAGAAGUGGUAGGAGGAAAAAGAUCAAAGGGCUAGAUUUCUGUUGCUCCUGUCAAGAGAAUGUUUCAUCGAGUCUGCUGGGAGUGGGGAAGGAAACUCUUUCCAUCAUAGGGUGAGCCACAUUCUUCCAUUGUGAUUGGCAGGCGAAUAAUUCCCUGAAUUAAUCACCCUCUUCUCUCCUUGCUCGGCCACCAAUAAGUGAAAGAGUAAGGACCCCAGCUGAAAACUGACUUACUUUUCCUUGUCACCUUAUCCAGGUCUUGUGUGUAGUAUAUUCUUGUCAGUUUGUAGAUGAAAUGGAGAUUAGGAUGAACUCUUGCAUUAUUGACUCUUCCUUGAGCCCAGGUUACUCUGUUACAUUUUUCAUUAUUAGUGCUUUUUGCCAACUUCAUUUUCAGUAGAUUUGAAACCACAGAAAUAGAGCCCAUCUUUCAGCAUUUCAGGCUCUGGGGCAAUUUACAAUUAACACAAAGGGAGGGCUGCAUCUGACCCUUCUCACUUCCAAGGGUGCAUUUGGCCUGCCCAUCCUAAAUAUGAGCAAGAUGCACACCUUCUGCUAAGCCAGCAUUCCAAGUAUCUAAACUUCCAUCACUGUUGAAUGCAGCAUGCAAGUAGCAUCAAGAUAAGAGUGAUCUUAUUUGGCCUCUGGACAGCCUCUAGGCAAUAUAAUGGAAAACCGAGUGGCUCUUCUUUGCAUGUACUACAGUAAAAGCCCUCCCCUUUGUUCUGGAUUACACAUUCCAAUUACCAAAACCAGCUGGCAGAAUUUGUACAUGUACACACACACACUUCUCACAAGCAGAACAUCAGGCCUGCAGUUCUGCUUCUGACUUGAAGCCAUUUUUUUCCAAGAGUGUUUAAAAAUUCUCGGCAGGAAAGACUAUUCUCUAUGCUGACUGAAAUAGCACUUUGGAGAGACCCUGUUUGCAUGGAAGCCAGUGCACAAUAUGCAAAUAUCUUUUUAAAAACUUGUUUCUCUCCUCUUUAUUUAUGCCAUUGUUCUGUCCCUAGGGAAAGUGGUGUGGUUCAGCAGCUCAGGAAAAGGGAACAUGUGAUCACACACCCCUCUGGAUCAGAGUUAUGGCAACAGAGGAAAGGAACUAGCCCAGUCCCAUUGCUUGGGAAUGGAGAAGCCCAUAACUGUGUUAUUGCUUGUUUGAUUUUGUUAUAGCCUUGUCUUGGGUUUGUUUACAGAGAUGUAUUUUGUUUAACCAAAUAUUAAAAACGAAAAAACCUU